AUAAACACACGUGUAGUAGUAUAGAGUCAACAUGGGGAAAAGGAGACAGAACAAGACAAUUUUCACAAAUUUGUCUAAAAAACAGAAGAAACACCUGAAAGAAUUUGGAGAGGAGCACCCAUUUCAUGAUGUAGUCAAUGAAAGACCGGAAAGAACUGAAAUAGUGGAGCUGCCAGCAAGCCCUGAGCAGUCUGAUGCUGAGAGUGAGGAGCCAGAAGAGGAAGAGGAGGAACCAGAACAGAAAACAGCAUAUCAGAAACUUCUUUCAACUCUCCAGACUGACAGUCAGAGUGAAGGAGAGGAGAGCAGUGAUGAUGAAGAAGAAGAAGAGGAAGAAGAGCUUCUGAAUGAAGGAGAUAGUGAUGGAGUCGGUGAUCAAAGUGAGGAAGAUGAAGAAGAAGAAAAAACAGAGGAACCUGAGGAUGCAAAUGGAGCACUGGCAGGGGCAAAAGAGGGAGAGAAGGAGGAAGAAGACAAAGACAUUGGAGAUGAAGAGUUCAUAGACAAGGAGAAUGAGUCUCAUUUCUCUCUGGAAGAUCACUUUAUGGGUGACAAAGAACAGCAGGACACUGAAAGCACCGCAGAGUGUGAAGACGAGAAGGACAUGUUUCGUCAACAUUUGGACACAGAACUCAGUGAAGAUGAUGCGCAAAAGAUUACAUCUGGCAUCAAAGGGAAGCAUCAGACCACGUGGUUGAAACUGGGCACUCUACUCUGUACCAGUCCUUUGGAGAGGUUUGGCCCCAUUGGCCCACAGAAAGGCACAGACCUUCCAGUUUUCCACAAGCUCCUGGAGACUCGAUGGAAGGAUCUGAACCAGACCUUGGACUCCACAAAGGAGGCAGAAGGCAUCAGUCCACUACAACUGGAGCUGCUGGCCCUCAUGGGCUCUUACAAGGACCUUUACUUUUCAGAGAUGUGUCCAGUGAGUCAGGGCCAAGAGGUUCGCAGUGCGUACUGUGUCCAUGUUCUCAACCACGUACUGAAGGCCAACUCACAGGUCUUAGCUCACAAUGGUCAGCUAAGAGAGCAGAAAACUCGGCCUAAAGGUGGUUCUGAACCACAGGAUGAACCCAGAGACCAAGGCCUUACCAGACCCAAGGUCCUGAUCCUUGUGCCGUUCCGAGGUGGAGCGCUGCGAGUCGUCCAAACUCUCAUUAGCCUACUAGAGACCAAAGGCAAGAAGAUAGUUGUAAACAACAAGAAGCGGUUUAAGGAAGAGUUUGGAGAAGAGGAAGAUGACAAGCCUCCCAAUCUGAAGAGACCAGAUGAUUAUCACUCUAUUUUCUCUGGCAAUGUGGACGAUCACUUCAGGAUAGGUGUUUCCAUCGUGAGGAGCAGCAUGCAACUCUACUCCCCCUUCUACUCAUCAGACAUCAUCAUUGCCUCCCCGCUGGGCCUUCGCAUGGUACUGGGAGCAGAAGGAGACAAGAAGAGGGACUUUGACUUCCUUUCAUCCAUCGAGCUUAUGGUAGUGGACCAGGCAGACGUCUUCCUCAUGCAGAACUGGGAACAUGUCCUGCAUGUGAUGAAGCAUAUGAACCUGCAGCCACUGGACUCACAUGGAGUGGACUUCUCCAGAGUCAGAAUGUGGAACCUGAACAACUGGGCCAAACACUACAGGCAGACACUGAUCUUCAGCUCCAUCCAGGACCCACAGAUCAACAACAUCUUCUCCAAACACUGCACCAACUACCGAGGACAGAUUGCAACCAAGAACAUGCCAAAAGUCGGUUCCAUCUGCCAGGUGCUGGUUCAGCUGCCUCAUGUAUUUCAGAUGUUCCCGUCAGACAGUUUCAUGAACCAGGAUGCUCGAUUUCAGUUCUUUGUGGACAAAGUGCUUCCUCAGUACAGAGACUCAGUUAUGUCUCACACUUUGAUCUACAUCCCUUCUUACUUUGACUAUGUCCGGUUGCGCAACUACAUGAAGAAAGAGGAGAUGAACUUUGUCAGCAUCUGCGAGUACUCCAGCAAAUCGGAGGUGUCCCGAGCCAGGCAUUUCUUCCAGAAAGGCGGCAAACAGUUCCUGCUUUUUACAGAACGCUUUCACUUUUAUAAAAGAUACACCAUCAAAGGGAUCCAGAACCUGAUAUUUUACGGACUUCCUUCCUACCCUCACUUCUACAGUGAAGUUUGUAAUAUGUUGGCAGAGGGGGGUCAGGGCGAAGAGGCCAGCUGGACCUGCACCGCUCUCUACUCCCGCUACGAUGCCCACAAACUGGCUGCCAUCAGUGGCGCCCAGCGAGCCGGACAAAUGCUCAGUUCCCAUAAGACUGUUCACCUCUUUGUUACAGGAGGUGAAGACAAAGCCUCCUGAUGAAAAUGGUCGUUGAAAAGAGGGACCAUUGGACUCAUGCAUUUAACACAUUUGCCAAUCUGUUCAGUUUGAUAAUCUGCCUGUAUUAAAAACCGUGACUGCAAACAGCAAAUACUGCAACGUCAAACAGCAGCAUCAA